ACAUUCAUGCGCCCACCAAGCAAGAAAAAUAAAGAAGAAUGGUCAAACACACUAUUACACCAAUCUAUACAACAACAUUAAAAUAUCAACACAUUAUUCAACACAAACUAGAAGAUAGCUAGAAACAACAUAUAAACAACCCUUUAUAUUGUACAAGAGACUAUCAAAAUUGUAAUCAUAAAAAACCCUCUUUGUGUUCUGUUAUCUUUUGAGAUUCAGUUGCUGUAACAACAAUGGACACACUUGUUAGAAACACCACUCUAACUUUCAGCCGGAGAUACAAAUAUGAAGUUCUUGGUUUACAAGGGAAAGAAAAGACUCUUAAGUCUAUUAGCUACAGAAAAAGAAGAGCUAAACAAAGGAAAAUCUUUCUCACAACUUAUAAAUUAUCUUCUUUGAAUCAUUUUGUUGAGCCUAAGAAGCCUAAGAUCAAAAGGGUUGCUGUUAAAGUUAAGAAAAUUGUUAACUCUGUUUUGUUGUUUAUGAGAACUGGUUCUUUUAGAUCCUGUCGUUCUAAGUCUGCAAUUUCUGCUAAAUCACCUGUUCCAAUUAGGAAAAUCCUUUGAGAUUAGGGUGAUUUAGUAAUUUCUUAAUUUCUUCCUAGUGUUAAUUAUUUGUUAUUGUUUGAGCAAUAAGCAAAAGUUAUUAUACUUUAUAUGGUUGAUCGAUGAUGAUGAGAUGUGAAGCACAACACUCCUGGGUUUAGAUGUGUUACGGUGUCAAACAUGCAACAAUAUCUUGACACCGACACUUAUGAUUACAUUGAUUUAUGUCAUUUUCUCAGAUUAUUAUCAGUGUUGAUCAAUGUCCGUGUCUGUGUAAUUUGUUUCAUAGAUGAUGAGAGCUUGCUAGGAUAUAUUAUUGGUUAUCAAUUGUUCUGUAAAUAAAGCUUAAUCUAAUAUAUAUACUUUUACCAUUCUAAUAUAAAGCUUGUUAGUUGUUAGUAUAUGUUAGUUUUGUCUCCUUUGCCAGGACUUGAACCCUGAACCAUCUGCUCAUUAACCCUUAGCUCAACUAGCUAAUUAUUAACUUCUUUGGUUCCUCAAACUUAAAAGACUGUCAAGAUAUCUGCAGCUAGCAAUUCGGUUCUGCAGUAUGUUAGAGUAAUCUUCCAUUUACUUACUUGAUUACGAAGAAGAAAGUGGAAUUUUGUUUCUAUAUGCUUACUUCGCCGUUGAAAUAUAAGAAUUUUUAGUUAAAUUGAUGGCAGAUUUGUUGUCAACCAUAUGCGCUCCACUUCUUUUCCAACCUUUAUUUCAGACAACAAAGGUUGGAACUAAACUCCUUGACAUACUACAUUGCAAGCAAAGAUAUAUUGAGCUUUACAUUAUGACAACGCCACAACAGUUUGCUUCUUCGAACACCAUGAAAUUGGUCAGUUGAAGAGAUUGAACACAUAUCCGACAGUACUUAUUUCUACUCUUCGAACGCCACAACAGUUUGCUUCUUACUUCUUCUGAUAAUGGCUUCCUCGUUCGCGAAGGCAACCAUUGUGCUGAUUUGAUAGCUAAAGCUGGCUGGCUGCUGGUGCUUCUUCUGAUAAUGUCUUCCUCAUUCAUGAUUCUCAGUUGUCUGGUCUCACGGAUUUGCUUACCGCUGGUUCCUCCGCGACUUUUUGCUUAAGAGUGUAGUUUAUGUUGUUUUCUUUUUGUUCUUUUGGUUCUCUUGCUUAGCUUUGUAACCAGAAAUAUAACCAAAAUAGAUUAAAUGAAAUAAACACAAGGAGUGUAGAAAAUGCAAUUAUCUUGUUAUCGAUUCAAAAUACCAAAAUAGAUUAAAUAUUUUUUUAAAAAAAAAAUUAAAAAUGAGGUACUAUAUAGUACAUACAAAAUCAGAUGGAAUAUUACAUUGCUCAAUUGGUAGGAAUACCGUAUUAUAUGUAAAAACAGUUAAAAUAUGAUCUUAAAAUUUGAACUGUCCGAUCAAUCGGACGGUCCAUAUGUCUUGACUGCAUACAAUGUGACUGAACACAAUCUAAUUUCCAGUUAUUCACUUUAAAAGAUAAAAUUCUAGUCACUAGUCAAUUUGAAAAAAAAUAAUAUUAAAGAUACCCUAAUAUUGUAUUAUUGAUAGUAGUAUAAACAAAAUCUAAUCUUUUUUUAAGUGAUAGUCUAAAUCCAAAUCUAAUUAUCAUAAAAAAUGAAUACAGUUAUACAGCAAAAUUUGAUGUGGGAAAAUAUGCAAAAUUUACUACAGCAAGAUGACAAGUGUUGUAAAGAAAACCGUUUGAAAAAGAGUGGAGGGAGAGAGUGAUGCAGUUUUAACAAAGACACCACCACUACUUCCCUAGUUGGUUGUCCUGUUUUCAGUUUCAUGCCUCUCAAUCAACCCAUGAUCAUCAACAAUCCUAUCCAAAAACUGUCACUCUCAUUUUAUAUAUUUCAUAACUUCUUCACUCACUCUUCUCUCAUUUCCUAUUUUUUGCAUUACUCUCAUCAUAUUAACAUGUUUGGCAUCUCCUUUGGCUGGACAAAAGCUUCUAAAUUGUAAAUGUGCUACCAUACAAAUUUAGUUCACAUUUUUUUAGUUUAGCUUCACCAUUAUAUAUAUUUUUAUUCUAAAUUAAAUAUGUUUUAUGAAUUUCAGAAAGAAAGCAAUAAAAACAGCAAGAUGCAGGCUCAUGCAUUUGAAGAACAAGAGGCAAACAAUAGCAAUGCAUUUGCGCAAUGACUUAGCAAAUUUAAUACUCAAUAGCCCUCAAGAUAUUGCUCUCAAAAGGGUUGAGCAGCUUAUUCAAGAUGAAAGACUAAUUGCUGCAUAUGAAUUGUUAGAUCACUUCUUUGAAUUUAUCCUUAAGCAACUCUCAUAUAUAAGAAAGCACAAGGACUGUCCAACUGAUAUAAAUGAAGCAAUAUCUAGUGUUAUAUUUGCUUCAUCAAGAUGUAGAAAUUUUCCUGAACUCUUCCCCAUCAGAAAGCUCUUCGCGCAACGUUAUGGUAACGAUUUUGUAACUGCUGCUGUUGAGCUUUUACCUGGAAAUCUUGUUAACACAAAGUUACAAGAGUGCUUCUCAGUGAAGUUUGUAUCUGAUGACUUGAAGUAUAGAGUGGUUGAAGAAAUAUCUAAAAUGCAUUCUCCUUCAAAAAUUGAUCAAGGAUUGGUGGAUUAUGUUGACGACAUUGAUGAAUGUGAGUAUUUUUCAUCAAAAGAUAGUUGCAGCCAAGACCAAAGACUAGUAUUAUUCAAUUCUAGUGAAAGUGAAAUGAGUCGAGAUGAAUCGAGCACUGAAUCAAGCAUAAGGUCAUCAUCCUAUGCUUUGCAAAAACGUGCGUCGAAAAAAAGAUUAAGAAGAAGAACAUCACCUUUACUUGAAAGAAAAGGUAUAGUGGAAAUUGGAUACACUUUACAUUAUCAAACACCAAGUCCACAAUCAAAUUAUCCCAAAAAGAGAUUAAAGCAAAAUUCAAACUCAGAUUCAUGUCAAAGCCAAUUAGAAGAUAGUGAAAGAGAUAGUUUGGAUUUUAACAUGACUGAAUGUAGCUGCAAUUUGGAUAGUCCUUGUUAUUGUUUUGUUUACAAUGAGAUAGAAAUGUUUGAGUAUCAAGGAACCUCUUCUUCUACCAAUGUUUUAAGUCCAAAGACUUGUGAUUGCUUAACAACUACUCCAUUCUUAAGAGCCUUGUCUACUAUGCCUUCAAAAUGGUUGGAAAAUUACACAGACAAUUUGUUAAGGACAUUUUCAUCUCCUUCUCAAAGGCCAAAACAUGUUCAUCCUAAAUUACCAGAGUAUGAUGAAUUUGUUGCUACAUUUAUGGCUCUUAAGAGAGAGCAUGCUUAGAGUUAGAGUUAGAGGACAGUGAUUUUGUUGUAGGGUAACAAAAACUAUAAAGUAGAGUAGGUUUUAACACAUUCAUGUUAAAAUAGUUUCUUUCUACCAUUGAUCCUUUCAUAUGAGAUUUAUAAUGAUUAAUCAUUUUUGCAGCCUUAUCGAGUUUCUGUUAGCUUUUAGUUUUUUAGUCAUGUAAUAAGUUUAGGCUUAUGGUCACAUCAUAUUGGACAAGUCAACAAGAGUGGUCUAAAACAAGAAGCAAUGUAUGAACAGUUAUAAGAAAGGAAAACACCUUUUUAACUAUAGACCAUAGCAUAAUUGCAAUUUAUGCUCUUGCUUAUAUCUAUAAUUUGUAAGGAGAAAAAGGCGGUAAAAGAGAAAAUAAAAUAAAAUAUGAGCAUUG